AGGCCACUGCGCAGGCGCCUAAGGAACCGGAUAAACAAACAAAUAAAACCCACCGCCUGCGGGCCAUCCCCGAUCCCCGCCUCCCCGGUCCUCCCGGGGCUCCCCGCCCGCGCCUGCGUCUGAGCACGUUCCCCCCUAGUGGCGCGUUCCACGCACGUCCCCGCACUUAACCUCUGCGCGCCCGGCGCGGUGCUGGCGGCGGGGAGCGCGAGCCUGCAGCCGCAGCCCCGCGGACCAUGACUUGCUACCGGGGCUUCCUGCUGGGCAGCUGCCGGCGCGUGGCGGGUGGCCGCGCGGCUCUGCGGGGCUCGGGCGCGGACGGCCGGCGGCACUUGGGGCACGGGCAGCCGCGCGAGCUGGCGGGCGGUGGUAGCCCCGCCGACGGCGGCUUCCGCCCCUCGCGGGUGGUGGUGGUGGCGAAAACCACCCGCUACGAGUUCGAGCAGCAGCGGUACCGCUACGCGGAGCUCUCGGAGGAGGACCUGAAGCAGCUGCUUGCAUUGAAAGGCUCAAGCUACAGUGGACUACUUGAGCGACAUCAUAUUCACACCAAAAAUGUAGAACACAUAAUUGAUAGUUUACGGGAUGAAGGAAUUGAGGUUCGCCUGGUCAAGCGGAGGGAGUACGAUGAAGAGACUGUCCGAUGGGCAGACGCUGUCAUAGCUGCGGGAGGUGAUGGCACCAUGCUUCUGGCUGCAAGUAAAGUUCUGGACAGACUGAAACCUGUCAUUGGGGUCAACACUGAUCCGGAACGGUCUGAAGGCCACUUAUGUCUGCCCGUGCGAUACACACAUUCCUUCCCCGAAGCCUUACAGAAGUUCUCUCGUGGUGAGUUCAGGUGGUUAUGGAGGCAGCGAAUCAGGUUAUAUCUGGAAGGGACUGGCAUCAACCCCACUCCUGUCGACCUUCAUGAACAGCAGCUGAGCCUGAAUCAGCACAGCCGAGCCUUUAACAUCGAAAGAGUGCAUGAUGAAAGGUCGGAGGCGUCGGGACCGCAGCUUCUGCCGGUGAGAGCCCUCAACGAAGUCUUCAUUGGGGAGAGCCUGUCCUCCAGAAUGCCUUAUUGUUGGGCUGUAGCAGUGGACAAUUUAAGAAGAAAUAUACCCAAUCUAAAGGGACUGGCUUCCUACUAUGAAAUUUCAGUUGACGAUGGCCCAUGGGAGAAGCAGAAGAGUUCUGGGCUCAAUUUGUGUACUGGAACAGGAUCAAAGGCCUGGUCAUUCAAUAUUAACAGGGUUGCAGCGCAGGCUGUUGAAGAUGUCUUAAAUAUUGCAAGGCGACAAGGAAAUCUGACACUUCCAUUGAACAAAGAAGUGGUAGAAAAAGUGACAAACGAAUAUAACGAGUCAUUGCUCUACAGUCCAGAAGAACCAAAAAUACUUUUCAGUAUUCGAGAGCCAAUAGCAAACAGAGUUUUCUCAAGCAGCCGUCAGCGUUGUUUCUCCUCGAAAGUUUGUGUUCGCUCUCGAUGUUGGGAUGCCUGCAUGGUUGUGGACGGAGGAACAUCUUUUGAAUUUAACGACGGAGCAAUUGCUUCAAUGAUGAUCAAUAAAGAAGAUGAGCUCCGAACUGUGAUUCUCGAGCAGUGAAAGGUUUCCUCAAGCAACAGACUUGAUUACUGGAGACAUUUCUUCCUGCAGAUACACAUGACCAGCCAUAGACCGACCUUGUCACGGUUAAUGACGGCCACCAGUCGAGUCAAGGUGACAGAAUGGGGGAUGCGAGUGCUCUCCUGCUGAUUCUGACAGAUAAGAGCUGCUCACCGCGAGACAGAUGGACUAAUUGGACUAGAAUUAUGUGAAAGUUUCUGUAUUAUUUACAGUUGGUAACCAAGAGCAUCGAUACUCUUUAGAGACAGGUUGAAUAAAGGAGUAAGUAUUUAGGAUUUGAAAUUUAACUGUACAAGUGUUUUCUUCCUAACAUUGUGGAAUUGGCUACAUGUAUCAGUUGAUUAGUACAUUAUUUUUAUAGUACCUAAAAGCAAAGAUUUUUAAAAAUUUUGAUGAUGGAGAAUUUUGAUAAAUCCUGAUGUUGACUUAACUGAAGGUGGUUAAUGUGUUUUAUAUAGCUAAGAAUUUUCUAAUUGUAGGAAACCAUGAUGAAAUCACAAUUGAUUGAAUAAGGGGGAGCAUUUUUAAGAUUAUUUGUAGACAAAUUCUGACUUGUUUUGGGUAAUGUCAACAAUGCUAGAUGAAACACAUCUGUGGGACAUAUCAUGAUGCUUUGUAAAGGUAUUAAUUUCCAUAGUAAUUGUUGUUUAGACAAGUAACUGAGUCCAAUAGCCCCUUUCCUGUUUUUGGUUUCGAAUUUCUAUGAAAUCAAGGAUUAGAAGAAUAAUCAAUGAUUGUGUUCUGUUGGGAGUUCAGUGAAAUGUUCAAAAACCCUUCCUUUAGUAUUAGGAAUGAGUAAACACCUAAGACAUAAUUUUGGAAUUGCCUUGAGAUAGUAUUGUGAUUUCCUUUACUGUAUUCUAAAGUUUAAACAAUAGCUUUGCGGGAUCAAACACCAGAACUUCCCCAUCUUCUGGUAUGAAAACCACUUUAGUUUUAGAGGAAAAUAUUUUAAUUCUUGAUUUUAUCUUCACAAAAAGCUCCCAAAAAGCUAAAUAACAGGUGGAAUUUUCAUGCCAGUUUUUUCAGACGCGUGUGUAUUUUCACUUGGUGAAAUUGCUUUUUUAUUGACAAAAUGUUUAUUGAAGACUCAUUCUGUGCCAUCUAUCAUAUGUAUAUAUCUGUAUCAUGUUAUAGACAUAUGAUACAGUGAAGUGUCGCAUAGACAGUGAAAUAGACUGUGUAUGGAACUUGAGCCUAGCGGGCUCAGAAGUCACAAUCUGGAGCUAGGGUGUGUGAUCAGAUCAAAUGCUCUUAGUUUUGCCAAACUUAACACGCUGCUCUUAACAAUUAAAAAUGAAUGUCACUCUGUGAGGUAAUUUAGAUCUGUCUAGGUUCUUGUGUUUAUUCAGAACACUUUCCUUGACUAUCUAAAGAAGAAAAUAAUUUAGUGUUUUUUGCUGAGCCAACUCUAAUUUCUAGUUUAACUUUUUUUUAAAAAGGAUAUAUUUAAGAUAUCCCUUUAUAUGAAAGUUAAAUUCUACAUGAUAGAGAAUUCCCCUAAAAGGCUUAAAAUACCUUGUUAGAAAAAAGAUGCCACUCUCAUCCUUAAUACACUAGGUCUGGUUGUCCAUGAUUUACUACAUGUCUACUGAUAAUGGACUGUUAACUGGUAACUAGCUGCUACAAUUGGAAAGGUGUUGAAGUUACCUCCUAUGCUCCACCUAAGGUCUAGCUUCUGCUCUGUGGCUGGCAGGGACUUAUUUGUGGUAGACUAACGGGAAAGGAUGCGGGACUAUCAAAAGUGUCUUUAAAUGGGUUAACCUUUAAUGACCACCUUAUGCAAAUAAAAUCAAACCAUUGUCUAUUAA